AAUCGAUGUUUGUACUUAAAAAUGUUGUUUUCCGAUGCCCUAUCCAAGAGUGGUUUCCCAACAACGUGAUCAUGUGUUCUCUCACCAAGAAGUUUAGAUGGUCCUCGUGAUUUAAUUGUCAUCUUUGACGUUCUAUGCAGUUCCACCUGUUCACUUUCACAAAUCUUUGGAUGAGUGGCUUCCAACGUAGCUAUUCAAUGGAUGGGGCUAGGAUCAUCAAUAGCUAGACUCAUGGAUUGAAAUUGAAUGGAGUUGUCUUGUUGAGAUUUGCGAUGGAAGAGAAAGUAGACACAAUAGAGAAGCAUGACAAUCAACCAAAAGUUGAAGAGGAGACAAAACACAAGGAAGAGAAAAAACAAAAGCAAGAAGAUGAAGGUGAGAAAGGAGAAAAAAGUGGUGAUAAAGAAACGAAGAAGAAAGGCAAAGGCGAUAAAGAUAAGAAGGAUGGGAAAAUGGAGAAGAAUUCACAAGGCAAAAAAGAUCCAACAACAUUGAAGCAAAAAUUAGAAAAGAUUGAUUCCAAGAUGCAAGUUUUGGUGGCUAAAAAAGAAGAAAUUUUGAAGAUGCUUGCUGAAGUCGAGAAGAGCUCAAAAACAUGAAAAAGAGAAAAAGUUUGUUAAAAUACAUAAGGUAUUGGCGGUUUGUGAAUAGAUUAUGUAUGAGAGUUGAAUGCAUAAUAGAUUCUCUCUUUUAUAAACUUUUUCUAUAGUGGAAGUAUGUUUUCAUGCUUGAAUAGAGAGUUGGGGUUCUAAGGUAUAUUUCAAAACGGGCCUUUGAAUUGCAUGACUCCGGGCCGUGUGGAGAGUUGACAAUCCUCCAUAUCGUGGUUAAGGAAAUGAAUCGACUCGGCCUUUGAUCGCAAAUAAGAUAUAACUCACCUU